AUGGCCGACAUUGAUUUGAAGGAGCUGGAUCCAUCGCCAGUUGAUGAUCCAAUCGGCGACGACAAGGACAGCUAUUUCCCUCCAAGCUCCUCGCCGACUCCGCCUGUUGCGCGAUCGUCGACGCUGGGUUUGAGUGGCCAUAGUCUCCCUUUUUACCUUCAACGAAUCCAGAAAUAUUCCUCGUACACAUUCAGCGCCUUCCUAACAUUCCAUCUUGCAAAUACGUCUUUGAUCCCGUUAGCCACCAAAUCAGUCCCUGAAAGUGACAAGUAUCUCCUUCUCACGAGACCAUACUAUCAAUCUAUACUUGCUGAGCCAGUUGUGGUCUUGCUUCCACUGAUCGCUCAUGUUGGCUCUGGCAUAGCGCUGAGGAUAUAUCGACAACACCAGCUUGCGAAGCGAUAUGGAGCGAGCAAUCGUCACGAGAGGAAGGCGCUGGCAAGACCCAAGAUAAGCGGCAUCAGCUUUGUGGGGUUUAUGCUCGUGCCAUUGGUUGCAGGUCAUGCGUUCUUGAAUCGUAUCCUGCCAGUAUGGGUAGAAGGAGAUAGCUCUGGCGUAGGUUUAUCAUUUGUCUCCCACGGAUUCGCCGAACAUCCAGCUAUAUCUUUUGCUGGCUUUUCCCUGCUUAUUAGUGCAGCUACAUGGCAUAUUGUUUGGGGAGGUGCAAAAUGGCUAGGCUUGACGCCUUCUCAAGCCGCUGGGGAGAGCGUUGAAACCUCUCUGCGUAGAAAGCGAAGGUGGUAUACACUCAAUGCGCUAAGUGUUGCUCUAGCUGGUCUGUGGAUGGCGGGCAGUUUGGGCGUUGUUGGUAGGGGUGGUAGAGCAAAUGGUUGGGUCGGCAGAGGAUAUGAUAACCUGUAUAGACAGAUCCCCUUCAUAGGCAAAUGGCUAUGA